AUGGCCACAGAAACCAAGGUACAAAUUAUCGAGAGGCAAACAAUUAAACCAUCUUCCGCAACUCCUCCUCACUUGAGAAGUUUUAAGCUCUCUUUUUUCGAUCAGACAGCAAUUGUAAUUUACAUCCCAAUCCUACUCUACUAUCCCAAUACUGGCUCUACUAGUAAGGUCAGAACUGGUCACCAUGACCAUGUCGUGGCCAUCAAUGAAAGAUGUCAGCAUCUAAUUGAAUCAUUAAGCAAAACUCUCACUCACUUCUACCCUUUAGCAGGAAGGAUUAUUGAAGGUAAAGCCAUGGUCGAAUGCAAUGAUGCAGGAGCUGAAUUUGUCAAAGCGCAAAUCAACUGUUCCUUAUCGGAGAUUUUGGAACACCCAGAUGCUCAGAUGUUGAAAGAAUUCCUUCCAAUUGAAUAUGAAUCCAAAGAGGCAAGCACAGGCCGGUUGCUUCUUGUACAAAUCAACUGUUUUGAGUGUGGUGGAAUGGCAAUUGGGUUGAGCAUUUCACAUAGGAUUGCUGAUGCAUCCACACUAUCCACUUUCAUCAAGUGUUGGGCCACAAUAGCCUUUGGGUCCAGAGACAGUGAUCAGGUACUACUAGUGCUUCCAAAAUUUGGUGCUGCAUCUGUGUUUCCACCAAUAGAUUUCUCUAACUCCACACAACCACCAGCCAGGGAAGUUAUCAAAGUAGAAAACUGCAUAACAAAGAGGUUUGUGUUUGAUGCAUCAAAGAUCGCUGCUCUCCAAUCUGAAUCAACCAGUUCAGUCCUGCCCAAACCUACACGUGUAGAAGCGGUUUCAGCACUCAUUUGGAAAUGUGCAAUGGAAGCGUCAUCAAGAUCAAAGUUGGGGACUUCAAGACGAUCUGGGUUCUGUCAAGAUGUGAACUUGCGCAAAAGGGUUGUGCCACCCUUGCCAGAAAACUUGGUGGGGAAUGUUGUGGGCUCUUUUACAUCAACGGCUGAAGAGGGUACCAUAGAUCUAAAAGGCUUGGUUGCUAAAUUGAGGGAAGGGAUUGAAGAACUGAAAGAAAAGUAUGCUAAAAAACUUGUCUUUGAUUCAAAUGAGGCAUGGCAAGGGAUCAAAGAUAAGCACAGUAAGCUGAAAAAUGAUGAUGAAAUGGAGAUUUAUAGCUGCACAAGUUGGUGUAGGUUUCCUUUCUAUGAAGCCGAUUUCGGAUGGGGAAAGCCAUCAUGGGUGAGUGUAAUUAGCAUUGCAAUUAAGAAUAUAAUUGUUUUGAUGGAUAAAGGAGAUUGCAAUGGAAUUGAAGCUUGGUUGACUAUGAGCCAAGAAAGCAUGGCCUUAUUUGAAAGUAAUGUGGAACUGCUCGGAUAUGCUUCUGUAAAUCCAAGUUUGAUCACCACUUAA